AGUGAUGUGCACGUGAAAACAUCUGCAGCCCAAAGCUUGUAGCUGUGCACGUUCUGUCUGUUUACACAUGAACAUGGAAUAUAACUGUUUUUAAAUUAUAAUAUCACGUCCCUGUCAAUAGUCAUAUACAGUCUACAUAUAGAUGCAUAUCUAAAUGUGUGUGUAAGACUCUGUAUCUUUCAGGGGAGUUCAACAAUAAACAUCUUUGACUCUGUGUAAAUAGCAGAAACUGCAGAACUUACUCAUGUUAUUAUUACUGUCAGUGAUCAAGGGUUUAAUUAAAUUCUAUUUAUUUUCUGUUAAAAGCUUCAUUGCUUUGCACAGUGAAGACCUGGUUCACAUGACAGUGAAGUUAAAUGAAUCAAACAGAGACAUUGACCAGUGUUUGACGAGGGCAGACGGUCCAAGGUUUCCCACAAUGCUUCAGUCCAAGGCUUUGAGACACUGUAUAUAUAUCAGGACGUCAGCAGCAAAAUCUACAGACUUCACAACAGGCAACUGACUAGCUGAAAUGGAAGAUCGGAGGACACGUUCAACUCUGUCGUUCACUUUCAUCCUCUGCUUCUCACUGUGGCUCACAUCUGGAGAAACCAGUGACUUACAGAGCUACUUUGAUUUGUUUAGGCAAUACUGUUUAAGUGAUUGUCCAACAAAGCAUUUUACGUCCACGUACGAUUUGCCGUGUACAGACAGCUGUGAGAAGCGUGGUUAUGACUACUACUGGUGCAAGUCCAGAAAGGGCUGGGACUACUGCUCACCAGGCAACAAUGUUGAUUACCAAGGCUUCAGCUGUGACUCGCGUUAUCCCUGUGACAAAUAUGGAGAAAAUCACUUGGAGUGUUCCUUGCAGAAUGGUUUCUGGGAGAAAUGUGCUCGGGUGGAGCCGAGGGCAAUGAUUUAUUACAGCAGGGAUAGGAAAGAAUGCAUUGAAGAGUGUCGGUAUCAUGAGUCAGGGGGUUACUUCUGGUGCUAUGUUGAAGAGGGCUGGGACUACUGCUCACCUCUACCAGACCACACCUACAAGAAUGAGCCUUGUCGCCUCAAUCACGAGUGUGGAAGCUAUGGUCAGAGAUACACCUGGUGCUACACAACAUUCAACAACAACUGGGAUUACUGUGGAGUGAUCAGUCCUGGAGAGUGUGUGUUUUCCCAGACGCACCGCGCCAAACGACAAACUAAUAAUCCAAGAGUGAUCUGUACCAGGGAAGACAACAACAACAACAACAACAACAACAACAACAACAACAGAGUGACCACUUUCAAAGACAUGGGAGGUAAAGAAAAACUUAAAAAACCCAACAAAGAGGUGCUCAACGAAGCCUUAGAAUUAAUUAACCAAUGGAACAACCAGCGCUUGAGUGACCAGUCCAGGUCCAACUUGAUUACAUCGAGCAAAGUUCGCAUUGACAACCAGGGACUGUGCAACAGGAACAAUCAGCGGUGUUACAACCUGCAAAUCCAGAUCAACGGACCACGCCCUUCUGGAGAAAGCUCCACUGUGGCACAGAUCAUAGUUCCUGUUGACACGUCAGCUGAAUACAUGCGUUUGGCCUUCAGGGAGAGUUUAAUGGGCAAAUUCAUGGUGGAAGUAGAAGUAAACGACGAACCAACCCCCUCCCCAAACAACUACCAAAGAUGCUGUAAGCGAGUCCAGCUCGUCCUUUAA